GGGCGUGUCCGGGGCGUGGCCACGUCCCGGAAAAGGGCUGAGUCCCCGCCCCGAUACCCACCCCCUGUCACGGCCGCUCUUCUUAAGCCUUCCCCCCAGGCGCGGAGAUGAGACUUACUGCGAGACUCAUGAAGGUGUUCGUCACCCGGAGGAUCCCCCCCGAGGGGCAGGCCUUGCUGGCUCAGGCCGGAAUUUCUAACGUAGAACAGUGGGAGUCAGAUGAGCCCAUAUCAAGAGAGGACCUGCUGAAAGGAGUGGCUGGAGCCCAGGGUAUUCUCUGCCUUUUGAGUGACAAAAUAGACAAAAAAAUCCUGGACACCGCAGGAUCCAAUCUCAAAGUAAUCAGCACAUUAUCCGUAGGAGUUGACCAUCUUGCCCUGGAUGAAAUUAAAAAGCGAGGAAUCCGUGUGGGCUACACCCCAGAUGUACUGACAGAUGCCACAGCAGAGCUCGCAGUGGCCCUACUCCUCACCACCAGUCGCCGGCUGCCAGAAGGCAUUGAGGAAGUAAAAAACGGUGGUUGGACUUCAUGGAAGCCACUCUGGAUGUGUGGCCACCAGCUCUUGAACAGCACAGUUGGAAUUAUCGGGCUGGGAAGGAUAGGCCAAGCUAUCGCCCGUCGUCUAAAACCAUUUGGCGUCCAAAAAUUUUUAUAUACUGGACGUCAGCCCAAGCCCAAGGAGGCAGCUGAGUUCCAAGCAGAGUUUGUUCCUCUUGACCAGCUGGCAGCCCAGUCAGAUUUUGUGGUGGUGUCCUGUGCUUUAACCCCUGACACCAAGUUGCUCUGCAACAAGAACUUCUUCCAGAAGAUGAAGAAAACGGCUGUGCUUGUCAACAUAAGCAGGGGUGAUGUGGUGAACCAGGAGGAUCUUUACGAGGCUUUGACUAAUAACCAGAUUGCAGCAGCUGGGCUAGAUGUCACAAGCCCUGAACCACUGCCCACAAACCAUCCUCUUCUAUCACUGAAGAAUUGUGUGAUUCUACCACACAUUGGAAGUGCUACCUACGGAACCCGAAACGUUAUGUCAGUGCUGGCAGUCAAUAACUUGUUGGCUGGCCUAAAGGGGGAGCCAAUGCCAAAUGAAUUCAAAUUGUGAAGAUUAAACAAUUAGAAUCUCACAAUUGAGGAAGAAUUAAUAAAAUGAUCAUUAUAUAUUCACUUCUGCUAAACAGAAGUAUGCUACUUUCACCUGAAUGUUUCUGCUGUCAUAAAGAAAACAAGCAGUGUGGCACCCACUCUCCCCCAAACAUAUAUUUGCCUCAAAACUACAUGAAAAGUGCCUAAGAAUAACAUUUACUUUGUGAUUAUCCUGUAAUUUAGGAAACAAAGGUGACAAUGAGUAUGCAACAUUUGUUGAUGAAUGUUAUCAUCUUAAUUUUAAUAAUUAAAUGACCAUUUUGUUGAUGAAUGUUAUCUAAAUUUCAAUAAGUAAAUGACCAUUGUGUUACUUAA